AUGAAGACCUCUAUAUCCUCCGAUGUCUGGGAGAAGAAGAAAGCAGUUAUCGCCAAGCUGUAUAUGGAGGAGGAAUGGCCACUCAAACAAGUUAUCAAACAGAUUCGUUCAGACGACUUCAAUCCAAGUGAAACACAACUGCGUAGUCGCCUCAAGAAAUGGCGCGUCACUAAACCAUCCCGUCAGACUCGAAAGAAGCCCCAAGGCUCCGAGGAUCCUGAAUCCGAGAAGGAUAGCAGAGGCUCUUCGGCAUCACCUAGAAACAGCAGAGCCUCCCCAGUGACUCGGAAGCCCUCAUCUUCCUCUUCUACCACUCGCUCAGACUGGCUGGGACAAUCCCUCUACACUCCCGCAGAGAUCUCACAGCCGGGCAAGUGGAACGCUCACAUUGCCCAACAAUUGACUCCAAGCCCAUCGGGUGACCACAUUGUCCCCGAGCAGCAUCCCGCAAGCUAUUCCUUUUCCGACUCCGGCUCAACCACCACAUCCUUUGAGCAGCCCGCUCAAACAUCUCCCGUGGCCGAGGGUCUCAUGCUCAACACUACGUCCGCAGUGACGCCCAGCUAUGCGGCAUACCCGCUUUCACCCGAGUCGUGCAUCCCCAGUCCAGGCGCAACUACUACCCCCGCCAUGGCGCAAUGGCCUCCACGUUCGGUCUCUGUCGAUAUGAGUAUCAACCCGGCUUUGCAUUCUACGCAAUGGUACGGCAUGUCCUUUGAACCGAUCAGUCCGCCCUCGGGCGUCCCACACUCCGCACCACUGGCGCCUCCUCCUCCUCCUGCCGGAUACAUUGUCUCCCCUGGACAAGGCGUUUUCUCGCCAGAGUUUGCUCACUACGAGAUGCCCGAGUACCAUGGCUACGACCCUAAGCAGUGGAAGAGGACCAUGUCACUUCAAUAUGAGUAUGCUGGACACCAUGGCCGGCCUGAGCACGAGAGGAAACACAUCAACCACCACAGUAUCCCCCCUCAUGGAAUGGUACCCAUUCCUGCGUCCCAGGCUGGUCCCCGCGCAGUGAUAUGUGCACCCAUGGUUCCGUAUAUGGGUUAA